UCCAUCAUAGCAUCAAACAUUAAGAACAAGAACUAGAAGAAACAUAGAGUUGCACAGAGAGAAAAAAAAUGAUGAGAUUUUGCCCUAAAGUUUCUUUUCUUUUGGUGAUUACUCUUAUUUUAACAAGUUGUGUGUAUUCUGAAGCUCAAAAGUGUCGUCCAAACGGUAGAAUCAGGGGAAAGAAAGCUCCAUCUGGACAAUGCAACAAAGAGAAUGACUCUGAUUGUUGUGUACAAGGAAAGAUGUACACAACUUAUGAAUGUUCACCAUCGGUGUCUGCUCAUACUAAAGCAUACCUCACACUUAACAGUUUUCAAAAAGGUGGAGAUGGAGGUGGCCCUUCAGCAUGUGAUAAUCAGUAUCAUUCUGAUGACACUCCAGUCGUUGCACUUUCCACAGGAUGGUUCAACGAUAAGAGCAGAUGUCUCAACAAAAUUACCAUAAGUGCCAAUGGAAAAAGUGUAGUGGCCACGGUGGUUGAUGAGUGUGACUCAACAAUGGGAUGUGAUGAAGAACAUGAUUAUCAACCUCCUUGCCCAAACAACAUUGUUGAUGCUUCCAAGGCUGUGUGGAAAGCCUUGGGUGUGCCUCAAGAUCAAUGGGGUGGCCUUGACAUUACAUGGUCAGAUGCUUGAUUGUAGAAGAUGAAAUAUGUGUGUUUUUGUGUUGUAAUAAUUAUGUGAUAUUGUGUACUUUUAUUUCUCAUCUUAUGUGUAUUAUGUAAAUGUUGUUACCAGUGAUCAUUCUGUUGUAAAUUAAGAAAAUUCAAUACAUUUAACAUGGUUUUAAAA